CCGCUGAAUCCGGACUGGAACGAGUGUGUUUGUAUGUGUCGAGUGUGUUUGCAAAACGCCGAAACUCGAUCUCUAUUCGACUGCGACUCCACCACGUCACAGCUUCGGUACGCGGACAAAAUAAUGAAAUGCUCGAAUAUGUUGAUCUACGAGAACGACAGUCUACCGGAUCGAAUCUGCCUCGAAUGUAUCGCAGAGCUCGAAACGGCAUAUCGGUUUCGAAUGAAUUGUGACAGCUCCGAUGCGAUUCUACAAUCAUACCUAACGAACAAGGACUGUGUAGAAUCAGAACCUUCAACUCCUAAACGGCUUAAUGGCAAACAGGAAACCAUCACGUGCAAUCCGGAUGGAACGGAAGAGAUUGCGAUACCAUUGGAUUCUGGUGUACUGUACACUUACAAACCACCCACUGGGUUAAAUGUGAAGGUGAUUCCUCGUCAGAAGCUCACAGAAGAUGCGACAGACGAUCGGCUCAAAGAGGGGGCGGCGAAUAGCGGUUCGUUGGGGGACUCAUGGGACGCCGCAAUGUCCCACGAUAGUCCCGCAGACGAUCCGAUAGUUGAUCAUUUGGAUGAAUCGGAAACGAAUACGACGGACUACAGCUACGAACGAUUGCUCGAUUCCAACGACAUUAACAUUCUUAGCGCUGGCGAUGGAAAUCUUCAGGCGGAACAUCACCCCGGAACUGGAAACGAUAAUGAAGGUUACAUGGGACAGGACCUAAACGAUAUACAGGUUGAAUCACCAGAACCAUUACCAGAGUCAGAGAACUCCCUGCGUACGAUACGAUCCAUCCGCAAGACGAACACUCCGAAUGAAGGAAAACCUACGAUCGAAACCGUCAUGACGCAGCAAGCAGCUGACGGCAGCGGGCUGGAGACGGUCAUUCGCGUGAAGCGCAACCUGUCGACCACCAAGCAGACCCACCUGUGCAAAAUAUGCAACACCACUUAUAAAUACAAGCACGCUCUGGAAACGCACCUCCGACGACAUCGAGGCGAUCGACCGUACAAGUGUGAGCACUGCGAAAAGGCUUUCGUAGUGCCAUUUGAGUUGCGGCGCCAUGUACGCACUCACACCGGCCAGAAGCCGUACAAGUGCCGGUUUUGUGACCGCAACUACUCGGAUUUCGGCAGCAAAACAAAGCACGAACGAACGCAUACCGGAGAGCGACCCUACAAGUGUGAGUUUUGCCGGAAAUCGUUUUCAUACUCGCACGUCCUUAGUAGCCACCUGCUCACUCAUACGGGAGUCAAAAAGUAUUGUUGUACAAUCUGCGGUAAGCGCUGUACGAAGUCGCACCACCUGAAAGCACACCUAAACACACACCAAAAUUAUGCGAAUCGUAAAGAGGAAAGUGGUGUCUGGAUCAACGCACAAGCCGCCAUUUCUCCCAGCAGUGAUGCUAUGCUGGGUGGCGCGCUUCCGGAUUGCAGCAUUACGAAUUCGAAAACAACAACGUCCGCUGUUAUUUUGAUGGAUCCAGUUGAGCAAUCGUUGGUUGAAUCAUAUGUUGAUACGACUCGGUUGGGCAACUGGACUGCAUCCGAUGACAGCCUGUCCGAUGCACCGGUAACGGAUGCGGCUCAUUCUAACUCAUUGCUAUCGCACGGGGAAGUCUGCACCAAUGCUAAAGAAACAGUCGCUGGGGUAACAUCUAAAACGACGGUCGUCACAAUAGGUGCCGAGGAGCUGGGUAACGUCUCGAUCGUCAGCUUCGGUGAUUAUAUUAUCAAAGGUGAAGAUACGCUGGAUAGUUUAAUCGAAGGGACCACGGCUGAUGCGACCGAAAGUGUCUUGUUGCCGCGGAGUGGUGUCGUCGUUAAUGGGUUACAAGAUUACGUCACGGUGUUACUGCCGAAACCGGAACAAAGUGGACUGGUUGAUAGUAGUUUUGGUAGCAUCGCGAUGAUCGAUGGGUGAAGA